UAAAUAUUUAAUCAGUUACAAAAUGCGUCCGUUGAUGUUGCAAGGUCACGAGCGUUCCAUAACGCAAAUCAAAUACAAUCGCGAGGGCGAUUUACUCUUCUCCAGCUCCAAGGAUCAGAAGCCAAAUGUUUGGUAUUCACUCAACGGCGAACGUCUGGGAACCUAUGAUGGACAUCAGGGAGCUGUCUGGUGCCUGGAUGUGGACUGGGAGAGCAGGAAGCUAAUCACUGGUGCCGGUGACAUGACCACCAAGCUCUGGGAUGUCGAAUAUGGCACGGUCAUUGCCUCCAUAGCAACGAAAUCCUCGGUACGCACCAGCAACUUCAGUUUCUCGGGCAACCAGGCGGCCUACUCCACGGACAAGGCGAUGGGUCAAAACUGUGAACUCUUCAUCAUCGAUGUACGCAACGCAGACUCGACGUUAUCCGAACAGGAGCCCACGCUGCGCAUACCCAUGGUGGAGUCGAAGAUCACAUCGAUGCAGUGGGGCCCACUAGAUGAGACCAUCAUAACAGGCCAUGACAAUGGUAACAUUGCCAUUUGGGAUGUACGCAAGGGACAAAAAGUGGUUGACUCUGGUGUGGAUCAUGCGGCUGGCAUCAAUGACAUGCAGCUGAGCAAGGAUGGCACCAUGUUCGUGACCGCCUCCAAGGAUAACACUGCCAAACUGUUCGAUGCCGAGUCGCUGAUGUGCUUGAAAACGUACAAGACAGAAAGGCCCGUGAACUCGGCAGCGAUUAGUCCCAUUUUUGAUCAUGUGGUGCUUGGCGGUGGUCAGGAUGCCAUGGAGGUGACCACAACAUCAACGAAAGCGGGAAAAUUCGAUUCACGUUUCUUCCAUCUGAUCUACGAGGAGGAAUUUGCACGUCUCAAGGGUCAUUUCGGUCCCAUCAACAGUUUGGCCUUCCACCCGGAUGGCAAGAGUUACGCCUCGGGCGGUGAAGAUGGUUUCGUGCGUGUCCAGUCCUUUGAUAGUACAUACUUUGAGAACAUAUUCGAGUAGACGCCCAGCCGGACCGUAGUUGUUAGUAGUUCCCCUCCCACUCGCCAUGUUCGUGUGCAUAAAAAAUUGUCAAAUAUACGCGAGAACAAGACGAAA